AGUCCGACACCAUAUUUCUUCCUCCAACUUCAGCGGAACAAUAGUUCUCCAAGCGACAACAUGGCGACUGUACGCGCGGCGUCGCGUCUCCUCUCCAAGAGGGUGCUCUGUAACACGAAAGCGGUCCCUGCUGCUGCAGUUCAGAGUUCCAGGAACUUUCACUUUUCCAUCUAUGGCAAGAAAAAAAAUGCUAAAGUAGCCGAUGAUAUCUCCACUCAGUAUCCUGUAGUGGAUCAUGAGUUUGAUGCUGUGGUGGUGGGAGCUGGAGGAGCAGGACUUCGGGCUGCUUUUGGCCUAUCAGAGGCUGGCUUCAACACCGCCUGCGUCACCAAGCUCUUCCCCACCAGGUCUCAUACUGUCGCUGCACAGGGGGGCAUAAAUGCAGCUCUGGGUAACAUGGAGGAGGAUGACUGGCGUUGGCAUUUCUACGACACGGUGAAGGGAUCGGAUUGGCUUGGAGACCAAGAUGCCAUCCAUUACAUGACAGAGCAGGCUCCUGCAGCCGUAGUGGAGCUGGAAAACUUUGGCAUGCCAUUCAGCCGCACCGAAGACGGGAAGAUCUACCAGAGAGCCUUCGGGGGUCAGAGUCUCAAGUACGGAAAGGGGGGUCAGGCGCACCGCUGCUGCUGUGUGGCGGACAGGACAGGACACUCCCUGCUGCAUACGCUUUAUGGAAGGUCACUCCGUUAUGACACCAGCUACUUUGUGGAGUACUUCGCCCUGGAUCUGCUGAUGGAGGACGGGCAGUGUAAAGGAGUUAUUGCUCUAUGCAUGGAGGAUGGCUCCAUUCACCGCUUCAGAGCCCAGAACACCGUCAUCGCCACCGGCGGUUAUGGAAGGACAUAUUUUAGCUGCACAUCUGCCCACACAAGUACAGGAGACGGAACCGCUAUGGUGACCAGAGCCGGCCUGCCCUGCCAGGAUCUGGAAUUUGUGCAGUUUCAUCCGACUGGGAUCUAUGGAGCUGGAUGCCUGAUCACAGAGGGCUGCCGUGGUGAAGGAGGAAUCCUGAUCAACAGCGAGGGGGAGCGCUUCAUGGAGCGUUACGCACCCAAUGCCAAAGACCUGGCCUCCAGAGACGUAGUGUCCCGCUCCAUGACAAUAGAGAUCAGGGAGGGCAGAGGUGUGGGUCCAGAGAAGGAUCACGUGUACCUUCAGCUCCACCACCUGCCUCCUCAGCAGCUGGCCACAAGGCUGCCUGGAAUCUCUGAGACGGCCAUGAUCUUCGCUGGAGUCGACGUCACUAAAGAGCCCAUCCCUGUCCUGCCCACAGUGCACUAUAAUAUGGGAGGAAUACCCACUAACUACAAGGGGCAGGUGAUUGAUCACAUCAAUGGUGAGGACAAGGUGGUCCCUGGACUGUACGCCUGUGGUGAGGCAGCUUGUGCCAGCGUGCACGGAGCUAACAGGCUGGGUGCUAACUCCCUGUUGGACCUGGUGGUGUUCGGGAGAGCCUGUGCCCUCACAAUUGCUGAAGAGCACAAACCUGGAGAGAAGUUGUCCGCACUGAAGCCCAGCGCAGGAGAGGAGUCUGUGGCCAACCUGGAUAAGCUGAGGUUUGCUAAUGGAAGUCUGAGAACAUCUGAGAUCAGGCUUAAUAUGCAGAAGACCAUGCAGAACCAUGCUGCUGUCUUCCGUACCGGCUCUGUUUUGAAGGAGGGAUGCGAUAAGAUGGACGACAUCUUCCAGAGCAUGGAGAAGAUCAAGACCUUUGACAGAGGCAUUGUGUGGAACACAGAUUUGGUGGAAUCACUGGAGCUGCAGAACCUCAUGCUGAACGCCGUCCAAACCAUCAACUCUGCUGAGCAAAGAAAGGAGAGCAGGGGAGCCCAUGCCAGAGAGGACUUCAAAGAUCGUGUUGAUGAGUACGACUUCUCCAAGCCCCUGGAGGGUCAACAGGAGAAGCCCUUCAAUCAGCACUGGAGGAAGCACACCAUGUCAUACGUAGACCCCAAGACUGGAAAGGUGACGCUUAGGUACCGCCCUGUUAUCGACCACUCCCUGAACGAACAAGACUGCGCCCAUGUUCCUCCUGCCAUCCGCUCUUACUAAGAAGCUCUCAUCCACCUCGUCUCAUGCAGAUAGAUCGUUAACUGCUAUUUUCACAGAGAAAACUGUUUAUGUUGCACAUUUGAAACCAUUUAGAGAAGUAAAUCAUAAAAACUGCCAGCUUCAGA